UGGUAACAAGAAGCUACUAGGAGCAAAGGGCAUCGAAUGACAAAAAGGAAGGUACUUGUACAGAUUUGUACAGUGUAUCAUCGGCGGUCACCAGGCCCAUGACGGCGGCUGAGCCCUUUGAGCCUGAAGAAGCACCAGAGAAGUCUCCUCCUGUGGGUCGAUUCAAUUGGCCAGAAGUGCGCCCACCCCAACCGCCUGAAGUGCCCAACAGAGAUCCGGCCACCUGUAUCCUUUCGAAGUUGCUGAGGGACGAUGCGGUCGAACCCAAGGAGCCGAUCGCGGUCAAGGAGCGGCUUUGGCAAUGGGCCAGACCACAAGUUGAAGGCGAAGGGCCUUGCGCCCGUGGCGGCCACACCGCCACGUUGGUGGGGCCCACCGAUCCACAAAAGCCUUCAGCCCGGAUCGUGAUCUUCGGAGGGCAUUAUGAUGGCGGCUCCGGCGCUGGAUUUGUUUACCUGAAUGACACGCAUAUCUUGGACAUCGAUGAAAACACCUGGACUGUGCCGCGUUGUCGUGGCACCGCUCCGGAGCCCCGCUAUGGCCAUGCGGCGGCGCUGGUGGGCGGCCGGGUCGUCUACUUUGGUGGCAAAGGCAAGACUAGCUGCUUUCGAGACUUGCAUGCUCUGGAUACUAGCACCUACACGUGGUUUCAAGGCCCCAGCUCGGGUGGUGCCCCAUCCGCGCGCCACGGGCACACGGCGAACCUCCAUGGUACCCGGCUCUACGUCUUCGGCGGCACAUGUAGUGGAAAGUACUUUGGAGACCUCCAUUGUCUUGACUUGGCAUCAAUGGCUUGGUCAUGUCCGCCGGCCACAGGGCCCAAGCCAACACCGCGGUGUGGACAUACAGCCUUGCUGAUUGGCGAGUCGCUGCUGAUCCACGGCGGCUUCUGCAUGGAGACGCCCGAGAUUGCCACCAAGGACAAUAGCGGAGACUUGCUCAAGAAUUCGUACUGCAAUGACGUCCGAGUCCUUGAUUUGGGCCGCAUGCUGUGGUCCAUGCUUCGGACGCAUGGCACACCGCCGGUGGGGCGCUUCUCCCACAGCUUGUCGUUGUCCGAGGAUGAUGCCAUCGUCUUCGGAGGUUGGAGUGGGGCGACCAAUCAGGCUGCCGGCGUGACCUUCGCUCUACGGGAAAAGGUAACUGCUGACGAAGAGGACGAAAAGCCCACUGCUUCACCCGACGAAAGCUGCGACUUUUGCAUGACUCUUCGCACCGCGGACAUGCAGUGGGUGCAAAACAAAUACAUCGGCACUGCGCCGACCCGGCGCUAUGGCCAUACGGCCACUGCCAUUGGUCCUCACGUGAUCAUCUUUGGUGGCUGGGACGGAGGAAAGCCCCUCAACGAUGUCAUCGUUUUAAGGGAUCGCUCAGUAGCGGAUCGUAUCAAACAGGAGGAGAUGUUCUUCGAGGGCUCUCCGAGUGGAGAUCCAGGUGAAGAUGACUUUGAGCUCGAGACGGGUGAGUAGCAGGACGGGUAGCUUGAAAGCAGAGCUCCCAGCAGGUCGCUUGGCUGACAGAACUGAGUACUGGGAGAAACGGAGGGGUCAGUGCUGUCUUGAGAUGUCUGGA